AUGAAAAGCUUCUUGCUUUUGCUAGGCUUUGCCGGGUAUGCUGCUUCGCAGUGUCCCUUUGCAGGGCUUUCAAGCAGCAGCAUUCCAGCGAGUCUGGCCUUGUAUAGCAACGACACGGACGCUUACAUGACCACCGACUGGGGUACUCCGAUCCAAGACCAGCUGAGUCUGAAGGUCGGGCCACGGGGUCCAACUGCCUUGGAGGACUUCAUGUUCCGUCAAAAGCUUCAGCACUUCGAUCAUGAGCGCGUUCCCGAACGUGUCGUACAUGCCAGAGGAGUAGGAGCGUAUGGAACCUUCACUUCCUACGGCGAUUGGUCCAACAUCACCGCGGCCAAUUUCCUCAGCGCUGAGGGGAAACAGACAGAUACUUUUGUACGGUUCUCCACGGUUCAAGGAUUUAGGGGAAGUCCAGACACUGUCCGUGAUAUGCACGGAUUUGCCACCAGGUUCUACACUGAUGAAGGCAACUACGAUAUUGUCGGAGUGACUGUGCCCACCUUCUUCAUCCAGGAUGCCAGUCAGUUCCCUGAUCUGGUCCAUGCGAUCAAGCCCGAGCCUCAGACCGAGAUGCCCCAGGGUGGAACCGCCCACACUACUGCCUAUGACUUCUUCUCCUCGCAGCCUAGUACUUUCCACACCGUACUCUGGUUCAUGGCUGGCCAUGGUAUCCCGCGUUCUUUCCGCCAUGUAAAUGGAUAUGCCGUGCACGCUUACCGCUUCGUGACCAACGCUGGCGAGUCUGUCUACGUCCGAAUCCAGUGGAGAAGUCUGCAGGGCGUUGCUAGUAUGGUUUGGGAAGAAGCCCAGGCGGCUGCUGGUAAGAACUUCGACUAUCAUCGCCAGGACCUGUACAAUGCUAUCGAUCAGGGCCACUACCCCGGAUACGAGCUUGGUGUCCAGAUUGUCCCGGAAUCUGACGCUUUGGCCUACGGCUUUGAUAUCUUGGACCCUACCAAGUUCCUCCCGGAGGAUGUCGUCCCUGUGACCUGGCUUGGAAAGAUGGAGCUCAACCGCAAUGUCGUCAACUACUUCUCCGAGACAGAGCAGAUUGGCUUCCAGCCUGGCCAUGUCGUUCGUGGCAUCGACUUUUCCGAGGAUCCUCUUCUCCAGGGUCGUAUAUACUCCUACCUUGACACCCAGCUCCAGCGCCAUGGAUCAGCCAACUUUGAGCAACUUCCCAUCAACCGCCCUCGUCCAAAUGUUCAUAACAACAAUCGCGAUGGUUUCAUGCAAUCCACCAUUCCCACAAACCAGUAUGCGUAUACCCCAAAUACUCUGAAUGGUGGCUCUCCAAUGCAAGCCAACCAGACCAUUGGGAAUGGGUUUUUCACUUCCCCCCACCGUUUCUAUAGCGGCAAUCUUGUUCGCGAGCAAAGCCCAACAUUCAACGACCACUACACUCAGCCCCGUCUGUUCUGGAACUCGCUUGUCCCCGAGGAGCAGCAAAUGAUUGUCAAUGCACUCCGUUUCGAAGUUUCGCAUGUCACCGAAGAGUCUGUGAUCCAGAAUGUUGUGAACCAGCUGAACAUGAUUGACAAUGAUCUCGCCUGCCGCGUUGGUGCAGCCCUGCAUAUUCCAUGCCCUGCUCCCAACCCUACUUUCUACCACAACAACAAGACUGUCGGAGUCAGCGCCUUCAGCCCGCUGUACAAUAUUUCUGGCUUGCAGGUUGCUUUCCUUGCUUCCCAGGCCUACCCUGCUUCUCUUAUCCAGGGUAUGCAGCUCGCUGAGAGCCUGGCUCCCGCCCAGGUCGAUGUCACCAUCAUCUCAGAGACCUUGCAGAAUGCUAAUGUGACCUACUCCGCUGCGGAUGGAUCUCUCUACGACGCAGUCAUUGUCGCCGAUGGCAUUCAGAAUCUGUUCUCCCCAAGCAGCUUUACCAAGCAGCCCAACAGCACCACCGACAUGCCCAAAACUGUGUCUCCCUACUCGAGCCUGUUCCCUGCUGGCCGUCCCCUCCAGAUCCUGGUGGAUGCAUUCAAGUACGGGAAGACUGUGGGAGCUCUUGGCUCAGGUCAUUCGGCCUUGGCAAUGGCCGGAAUCACAUCCAACGUCCCCGGUGUUUAUCUUGCGCAAGGCAUUAGCUCGUCUUUCAUCUCGGACCUCCGAAGUGCAUUGACUACCUUCAAAUGGCUGAACCGUUUCACCCUGGACUCCAACUGA